UCCAUCAUGACAGCUAUUCGUCUAAGAGAGUUUCUUGAACGCCGCCCAGUGAUCCCAUCAAGUGUAUUCAUUGCUCAUCAAGGAAAAGACAUCAAAGGCUAUCUCCCUGGGCAGCUGGCACGGGUGCAUUUUGAUUACAGUGCCAAGAGACCUCCCAGACCUCUCAUCGACCUGACAAUUCCACCCAAGAGACAAAUGCCGUAUCAGCCGCAACUAGACCAGAGAACUCUCAUUCAGUAUAUUUCUUUCCGAAGACAUUCAAAGCCUUCAGAAUCAUGGUACAAAGAAACUUCUUAUCAGAGAGACUAUUCCCUGCCGUUUUACCAGAUUGAUUGGAGCCAGAAAUUAGCCACGGCUUCAUCCAAUCCUCGACCACUUAAAUCACUGCCAGAGUUCUACUGCUGUGAAGAAAGGUGGCCUUAAAAGCUUAAAAAAUAAAAUAACCAUGG